AGCCAUUCAGUCAUCUGGGGCUCCCCAUGUGGCGGGGGCCCCAAACACCAAUGGGGGGGAUGGAAGCCGGGAGAAUGACCCCCCCACCCUACAACAGCUCCUGGCCUCCCCUGCUGCAUUCCCCUCCCAAGCAAAUGUCGGAGCGGUGGGCCAUAGCUUGCCCCCGACAAUACUCACCACAACAGCUUCUCGUCUGCCCUCCAUACCACAAGCACAGCAGCCCCAGCCGCAGCCACAGCUUCCAGUCCAACCCUCUCCACGUCCAGUUGCAGUCAGGCCUCAGAUCUCCCCUGCAACAAAGAAUAGUCAGGGGAGUCUCCCAACCACACCCCAGCCUCCUCCUCAGGUCAUUUCGCAAGCUGCUGCUCAAGCCACGUCCCAGGUUAUCUCAAGCGGAGUCCAGUUGGUGGGGGGGCCCAACCAGGUAAUCACAUCAGGGGGCCAGAUUAUAACGUCCGCCUCACCACAACUCUUACAGGGCACCCAACUUCUGCAGGCACCUGGAUCCACACAGGUCAUGCCACCCAGCCAACUUCUUCCAGGUGGGCAGGUGUUGCACAAUGGCCAGGUUCUGCAGGGGGGACAGGUUCUUCAUGGAGCACACAUGUUGCAUGGGGGUCAGAUUUUACAAGGAGGUCCAGUCAUACAGGGCAGCCAGGUGUUACAGGGUGGCCAGCUCAUCCAGGGUGGGCAAGUGAUCAACAGUAGUCAGCUGAUCACUACCACGGCCCAGAUGGUCAGCACUGGUGUAACUGGCCUUGGUGGGGCUCCAGCACCUCUCUAUGUAACGCCCAGCAGCCCAGCCAUUGGCAGCCUCCCACACCAGCAGCCUCUCCAUUCUCCGUUCCCAGCAAGUCACCAGGAACAGCAUUACCGCGCACCUCGCCCAGUCCAUCAUCCUAUCAUCCAACCACCCCAUCACCCCAUCCAGCAGUACCAAGUCCUGUCCCAUAUAGCACGCGAUCUCCUGCACCAUCUCCACACAACAAUGUCAGUGCCAUGAGGUCCCCUGCUCCACCAACUCCCUCCUGGUGUGGUUCAGGGUGUAAUGGGUAAUGUUGGAAUGGUGCAAGGCUUAGUUCCACAGUUGCCUCCUCUGUCACAGGUGGUUGGGUCCAAUGGCAUGGUGUUACCACAACCAGGUGUACAGCAGGCCACAGCUGGUGUGAAGCAGGUGGUUUCAGGAGGGCAGCUAAUCCAGAUAGUUUCAUCACCACAGCCAACCCAACCAAGGCAACCUCUUGUUACACCUUCCCAUAAACCAAUACAACCCAAACAACCACAGUUGUUGCCCAAGCCUCCACAACAACCAGUGGUUGGCCAGCCUCCCCCUGCGCCCCCAGGGAAAGCCCUCAUUGGCAGUCGUCCUGUCACCCCUGGCACUCAGCAGCCAAUUGUCAUUGGGGCGGGGGGUCAGCAGGCCACUACAAUGGUUGCCAGUCAGCAAGGUCUUGGAGGGUUUGUCAUUAACCCCUCCCUUCUGCAGUCAAGUCUUCAGCAACCUCUACUCAUCCAACAGCCCAAUGGCGUCCUUCUGGUCAGACCAUCUGGACAUUCAGGUGCAGGGGCACCUGGGCAAGCCCUGCUAGUGCCAAUGCCAGGUCAGCCCCAGUUGGUGAGUGCUGGAGCUAAAGCCAGCCAGCCCCAGACUGUUGUUUUUCCAGGCAGUGGUCAGGGUGGUCCAGCUUUUGUUAUCCCCCAGAAUAUUGCACCUGGUGUGAUAGGAGCACCAGGUGCUGCACGGGGACCCCAGCCUAUCAUCAGAUUGGUUGCACCCCAAGCACCACUACAGCUUCAGCAAAUCCAGACCCCAAAUGGUCCCACGUUUGUAGCCGUGCCAGCAGGCCAGACGGUAAACCUACAGGGUCUUAUAGCAGCUGGGGGUGCUACAAUGAGAACCCUGGCACCACAAGUGGGCUCAGGGCCCCUUCAGCUUGCCCCUUCCUCUGUGGCGACGGCAAAUAUGGCUCCAGUGGUGAGCAUGGGUCAUAUACAAAUGCCGGGGAGCGGACAACAGUUGCACGUGUCUGUUCCAGGAGCACCUCUCCAGCUGGCUUCAUCUUUACCCUCCUCCCUCCCAUCUGUGAUAACCACCACUAAGCAAACUGUGAUAGAAGAAAAUGUGGCACCUGCCUCCAUUGUGACAGCUGCUGAGGUUGGGACACACCAAACUGUGAGUGACCCCCCCAAAGAUGAAAAAUUGAAGAAUAAAGGGAGUUCAAUCAAUCUGAAUGAUAUUUUAAAAGAAACUGGCAUUAUGGGUGACAUGAUGCUGUUUGACGAGAAUGAAAUAGGGCUUGGAAGUGAGGGGUUAGAAGGUGGCCAGACAACAACUACUCCUGUAGCCCCAGCAGCUGUGGCACAGGCAGUUGUCACAACAGCUCCUGUGUCAGCCAAUGUACCUAGAUCUGAAUCCAGCACGAGUUUUACUCCUUCUGAAAGUACCAGCCAUGUUGUAGUGGGCUCAUCUCAGACACCCACUUUGGUGGGCAUAUCCAGUUCAGUUCCAACAGGGACGGUUGUAACAAAUUCAACAACAAGUGGGCUAAUGACGUCUGUGGCAAAUGUGCAAGGUGGUAUGUGCUUGACUUUGGAUCCUAGUGGCAAGGUUAUCUUGGGGUCUGAUCUCACCAAACCUCAAUUGACUCUUCCAUCAACACCAGCAGCUUCACAGGUUGGUGGGUUGGUGAUACCAACCUGUCAGCAUCAGAUGCAAGUGAUAGGAGGGGCAGGUGUUGGAGUGUCAUCUGUGGCAGGCAUGGGCAGUGGAGGUGGUGUGGUGAAUGUGAUGAAUAGUGGCAUGCCCACAGUGAUGGCUGGAACUGGAGGUGCUGGGAUGAUUGGAGCCAAUGCUCUUCCUACUGUGGGAUCCCUGCCUUCCUUCACCCAGUUACUCACUACCCCAACGCAGGUGACAACGAAUGUCGUUGUUCAUGGGCCAGGUGGGACUUCAAAGACGCGGCCAUUACAGCUGCAGCAAGCUGUGCCAAAGGUGACACAGUUGCCAGCCAAGACCCAGACAGGAGGGGAUAUCUCCCAGGUGGCCCAGAACACACAUCUGUUGCAGACACUACACUUGCCUGCCUCAGAGAAAACUUUCACCCCUGGACAGCCUCUCCUGCCAUCACUCCUGUCGGGGCAACAGGGUCUCUCCAAUGCCAGUGGAGAACAGUCCAGUGUUCCUGUGCAAGUUUCGACCGAUGGUGGUGGGUCUAUGCUCACAGUAGUCAGUGUAGGAGGUGUGAUGAGCGUACCUGAAGGUGGAGUGUCAACUGGUACAACUUUUUCCUCGCCGGCUCCUCUUAGUAUACUGGUGCCCAGUCAAGCUAGCCAAGUGCCUCAGAGUUCUGCUGUGAUUGUGUCUUCUAGUGCUACAAACAGUGUUGUGUCUGGUGCUAUUAUAAGCCACUGUCUGGUUGUUACACAAACUAAUUCAGAAAAUGUGCCAAUGUCACAAAACCAUCCCCAGAUUGUAAAUACUUUGCUGCAAGAUAAUGUUCCUAGUCACACCAGUAAUACAGGUGCAUUUGUAACUAAAAACAUUGAGAGUAACAGUAAGCCUCCGAGCUUCCAGAAUGAAUAUGUUGCAUCCCUUCAGAAAGGUCAAAAUCUCAUAGACUCCAGUAAAAACAAAUCAAAAUCAAAUAAAAAGAAGAGAAAAGAUAAGGAGACUGACUCCAUUCCACCUAUACCAUCAAACCAGAUAAUAGGGAAACAGAGCUUACAGGAGAGACUGAAAGCAGGCACUGCUAACUCCACCAGCGGGACAAAUCAGCAGGCGAUGCCCCUGGCAGCACUGCCCAAUGGCCUAAGUGGUUCCAGCCUCAAGACACCAGCCCUCAACUUGAGCAAUAGCACAUCCCAGAGAACAACAUUAUUACCUGUGGGGGAGAUGGUAGGUCUUGCAGAAAGCGCAUCCACGGUUGCCUCUAGUCUGUCAUCAGUAACUCAGCCAGCCACCAUGGGUAACUACCACCACUUCCACCAUAACAUCCACCAGUACGGCAGUGCAACACACUCCAGGGGUUGUGAUUGGUGGCCAGAAACCGCAGAUUAAACAAAUCAAACAUCUCAUUCUUUCGCCACAUAACCAGGAGGCACUCAAGAAAGUGCACUCUCAGAUUCAGUCACUGCAAAACAAGAAGACUGACCAGGACCAGGCAUCACUACAGCAGCUCUAUGCAGAAUACAAAAAAAUCAUGGCCACUGGAAAGCAUGUAACAGUCACAACCACCACUCAGCAGCCUCAUAUAGCUCCCGCUCCCAGCCAGCCUACGCCAGUAAGGUACUCUCAUCCUGUGGGCCACAAAAUCAUCACAUUCACUCCAUUCAAACAGCAUAUCAAGCAUUUACAACAGGGUCAGCAGAGAACGGAACAGAAUAAGCAAGGUUUGCAGAGAUGGAAGGAGACCAUCCCAACACCCCCAUCAGGAGUUGGGACAUCCCCUGGAGUGCAGUCGACAACAGCUCCACACGUGUCUCCAAGUGGACAGGUGACAGUGAGUUCUGGACAGAGUAGAGUUAGUGCCAGCCCAGGUGUUGGUGCAAGCAUGCCCACCAUUGCCACCUCAGUUCCCUCACCCACUGUGCCCACCACGUCCACCACUAUCUCCAGCUGUACCACGAACAACAGCCUGAGUUAUUCUGUAAAAACAACUCCACCCCAGUGCUCCCCAGUGUCUUCGGCCACCCCACCUGCUUCCCACCCCACCACCUCGGGACCGUCUCCAAAGGCCCUAGUGACAACGAGUGUGGUGGUGCAGACCCCAGCCACAGCUGCAACCUCCUGUGUCACUGUGACCAUGGGGACUCAAGACCAGCACUGCCAGAGCCAUUCUAAGGCACCUACUCCAUCACCAGCCUUCAGCAUUACCAAGGAUCAGCUGUUUGAACAUCAGCUGAAAACAGACCAAAAUGGCGCCUUGAACCCAGAUUACCGCAAUCCAUUCAAGAAUAAAAUUGAUGCUUGCAAGCGGCUCAUCCGUUACCAUGUGUACAGCGAUCAUGGUCCAACUCCAAGGGAUCUGGCCGAGUCUGAUGCCCAAUUUGAGGUUCAGGCAGAGAGUCUUCUCAAAAAGUAUAAUAAUAUGAAAUACAAGUACCAGUCACUCCUUAUAAAAGACAGUAUGAGGCGACAUGCCUCCUCAGAGAUGGUGAUGCUGUACCGCAUGUUUGUACAAGAAGAAAAGAUAAACAUCGAGAGGGAUAAAAACGAUGUCCAAAAUGGGAAGAAUUUAGACCUACCAUCAGCACCUGAACACUGGAUCACUGGUGAAGCAUUACCGCCUGAUCCUCCGUAUCCAUGGGAGCUUGAGUGGGAUGAUGAGAAGAUAUAUACAUUUGAGCCUUGGAUAAAGUAAGCCAAGUGCAGCAAGUGUCAACUGUAACAACAAAACAUGUGAUUUAGAUGUGUCGAGUGACAGAGAUUCAAAACAGGAGCUGGAGCAAGAACAGGAGUUAGUGAUUUGUGAUAGUGAAGUGGUGUGUACAAGUAGACAGAACAGUCCUGUGAAAAGCCAGGCUGCAUUGCUAGAGUACGAUACAUGGACGAACUCUGAGGCAGCUGUUCUAGACAGAAUUCCGGUUUGUUCUCAGUCGCCAGAGAUGCACCGAACCCAAAGUGACAAUGCAAAAAAGGUGAAAUCUCCUGAAUACGAGGAGAAUGCAAAAGAAUCCUUCAGGCAAGUGCAUUCUCCAGUAUCAAAAAUAGGUGCUGAUAGCCACCAAAAAAGCUUAAAAUCAAAUUAAAAUCAGAUGAUAGGGCAAUAGUCCCUCCCUUGCGCAUAAGAACAGAGGAAAGAGGGAUUGGUCUUAAGUUAACAAUCAAGAAACAGGAAGGUUCAGGGGCGUAUUAUAGUGUGGGUGAAGAGAGAAAGCGAGAGUAUCGAGUGGAACAGAAUAUCAAGAGGGACAUGGGCUGAAGGAGGUCAAGGUUGUGCUCCAGGAUGUGCUCAAGGACAAAAGAUAUAAAAAACAGAUUGAAGAACGCAGUAGUAAGAAAAGAAGGCGAGAAAAAAGUGAUAACAGAGGGGACAGGGUGGAAGGAGGGGACCGAGGUGAGAGAGCGGACAGAAGUGAGAGAGGUGACCGACACGACCGGAUAGACAAGAAUGACUGGUGCGACCGGAAUAACUCUGUGUGGACAAUUCACUCGCAUCACCAGAGCGAAGGAGAGGAAAAUUCAUUGCAACAUGCCAACCAUGAGAACAGAACUUGGAACCACAACAGUGGUGUUGAGUGGCGAAGGAGUGAAGGCGCUUCCAGUAUCGAAAACCUAAGUGAUCACAGGACAUCCAGAGAUUACAGUCCCCGAUUGCAGCCUCUGAACGACCACUACGGACAGGAGUACUCCAGUCGGCAUAACCAUUCUCAGCCAUAUGGGCAUUCUGGGAGUCAACCAAGAAACUCGCAUAACUACUAUUAGGCUCCCUUAUCUCCUCUUUACAUGUUUCUGGAGAGAUGCCAUCUUGGCUCUUAUACCUUGCAGUUCUUUAAUAUAGCACAAAUAGAAUGGAUGUAUAAAAAGUUUUGAGUUUAUGGAGAAGAAAUCAGUUUUUAUCCAUCAAGAUUUCACGUAAAUGUUAUCAUGAUGUCUGAUAAAUAUACAUCUGCUUAUUUAUUUCUUGGAAGAAAACUUCAGUGCCCAACUUUUUAGCCUGUUAUUGAAAGUUUAAACUUUUCUUUUUAUCAAUUUCCCCCAUCCCCCUUUAUUUAACUAGUAUCAUCCUAGCAUCUUAAUGUUGAAUCUAGUCUCAAUCCACCUCUACUUCUGGACUGUAUAUAGCCAGGGUAUGAUUGCUCAGUAACAAGUGACACGUUUGCAAUUACUAAACCUCUGUCAAGAUGACUCACAGUCUCAGCACAUACACAAUUUGCUCCGAGCUGCUUGAGAGGGAUGUGCGUUCUUGUCUCCCAGUGUUGGAGCAACUUGUGAAAAAGAGGCCAUGGGAUGCGUGUCUCAUCUUGAAAGGGGGCUUCUUAGAAUGGGAAAGGGCAGGAUUUCCCCAUGUGAUUGUCAAAGUCAUUCGAAGACUUUUUAAUACUUAAAAACCCUGUGGUGUACCUAUGUUUCAGUAGGUGUAAAUGUUUUAUAUAGGAUCCUAUUAGAGUAAUUUAGACGACCUAACAAGCGUGGUUAAUGCCCUUCAUAAGGAAACUCAUUCUCAAAAUAUGUGAUCUCAAGUGUGAUUUUUUUACAAGCUUUUCUCAUUUUCUACUGUUGCAGUGGUAUGAAGUAUGGUUUGUGUGUAUAUUUUUGCCAUGUACUUACUACUAUUGUCCCAUAGGUUGUUGAGAUUUUCAGGGAGUUUAUCAGCCUAGAUAACUGAUAUAAUUUUAUCUUUAUUAUAAUUAUUGAUUAUGACUUUUUUAUGACAAAGCUAAAUAAAAUGAAAAAAAAAUACAGGCUGACUUGCUAUCUACAAAACAGUACUUCAGCAGUGUGGUGAUGCAGAAUUCUGUUAAUCCAACAUUAUGGGUUUGCAAUAAGUCAAAGAUGCAUAAUUCUUUACUAGUUGUCCCCCUGCUCCAUCGUAUUUCAAGAAGGCAAUUGUGAACAAUCAAUAAUCACAUUGAAAAUAGCUUUUCACAAGGAAGGGAAACUGGUGGAACGCGUAAAUGUUUAGUGAUAUUUAUUUUUCAGUGUAAGGGAGUGUUACUUAUCUGGAAGAUAUUAAAGGAAAAGCUGUUAUUAUGGAAAAAAUGAUUUGUGCUCAAUUUUCUGUCUAAAAAUGUAAAAUAUAUGGAAAUUAUUAUUAUAAAUUGAAACCUUUAAUUAAUAGGGCUCAUUUAUUUAUAGGGCUCAGUGAGGAUUUUUUUGGAUAAAUAAAUUAUUGGCCCAAUAAUCAACUUUUCCUGUUUUUGUUUUUUUUUAGUAUCCACCAAGGUAUUCUGGACAAUCCAACAACUCUUUCACUUGAAAUAUUACAUUUAUUAAGUAAUAUCAUUUCUUUUAGGGGAGAAAAAUGAUUGACUUGAUAACUAACACUCUCAUACCAGACAGAGCUUGAUAGCAAGCUUUCAGUGAUUUUCCCUCCUAGUGAUGAUAACCAAGUAAGCUUGUGGAAGAACUGGUAUGAAGGCACCUUUGUCCUUUGGAGUGUACUUCAUGGACAAAGGAACAAGACUGGUACUUUGGCAGCUACAUGUUAAGAAGACAAAUGCCAGUUCUUCCCUCUCUGAAAAAAUAAGUAGAAGAAUGGUCAGGAACAGAUAGUAGAGGCAAUUAUAUUUUUGUUUUUCCUCUUUUAGUUUAUUUCUCUCUCUCCCCCUCCCUCUUUUUUUUCUUGUGGUCAGUUCCAGAAUUUUUGGAGGUCUUUGCUACUUCCUUUAAGAGUACAACUAGCUUAUGCCGAGGCUUCACCCUGUGGAAGGUAGCUGUAUAACCUAGAUAGCUUUCAUACCACAAAUACGGCAGCGAUAUUGAGGUUUAGUUUUUAUUGUGUACAAUACAUGCAAUACUUGUUUAUUUCUUAUCAGUGGUGUCCCUUCCAAGUAAGCAGUCACAGGUUCCAGGAAUCUUCUUAAACAUCCUAUUGGGUGUGUCCUCAUAGUAUUCUACAGCUCUAUUAUUGCUUGUGCAUAUCAAUGGUGCAGUUUUUUAUAUAGACUUAACAGACUGUUUAUUGCAUUUUAUGCAAAAAAUAUGCAGUAUUAGUUUUAUAGUACCAUGAGAGAAUUUGUUAAGUUUCUUUAACCUGUCUGCUGAAACAGUUUUUAAGGUGAAGGCACAAUGUCUCAAGCAGCAGCAAAUGUGUAUGCAGAGCACUUUUUGUGAGCAGCUAGUUAUGUGUCAUAUUCACAUGCAAAUGAUGUUGAACUACUGGAAUAUCACUAUACAGAAUUUGCUAGACAAUUUGCUCUGCUUAAGAUUUCAGGCUUCAUUAGCUAAAGAAUUAAUAAAAAGCUUGUGGUUACAUUGUGACAUAAACCACAGACUUGUCAGACACCGGAGCAUGAAGACAUUGUUUUAGCCCAGUGUCCAUACGUGCUUCACAUUGUGCUACAAAUGGGGUCAGCGGUGCUUUUAUGAAUAUCCCAAAAUGCUUUCCUUUCAACAGCCAAAUUCAAAAUUCACCCCGUGAAAGAAUCUGGCAUUAAGUAUACUUCCGUACUGAAUGGCAAAAAAAGGCAGUCAAUGUAAAUUCUGAAGUAUCACUUUUUAAUCCAUAUUCUCCUAAAAUCGUUUAAUUAUAAUUAUUAUUUUAAGUACAGUCUCCCAUCGAAACAAAAUUACUCAACGUAUGUCUUGUUACCGUAAUGUGACCUGACCACCCAGUGAUCUGUUGUGAGUGUAAGGGAGGGGGUCUGCAAAAUUGAACUGUGCCAUAGAGAUCAUCUGCCCCCUCCAGAACGUCUCUGUUGCUGUUAGGCCAGUUUUCGAUUAUUGGUCCAGUUAAUGAAUCUAAAAAAAAUUAAUUAAUGGGGUUUUCAUUAUUGAGUUUUCCACUGCUAGGAGAGUAGCCCAUAUUUGAAAGCUGGUUGGAAGAAUCACCAUCUUUCAUGUUCUAAGAAGUGAUCUCUCCAGUCUUCAUAGGGACACUGUUCAGUGCCUUUUUUCGAGGAAAGUUUACCCCCUUUGCAUAAAAAAUGUAUGAUCGAUUUGUGAAUUUAAAAAUUUAAAACUUUUUUCAGUUGAUUUUUUAUUUAAGAUAAGAAAUUCCUAUAUUAUGGGUUACUUUUCUGAGCUCCCAUUAACUCUGGGUACUUGACACUAGGCCAAGUUGCUCAUUUGUGUGUCAAUGGAAUGUAUCCACACUAAAUGAGGGAGGGACUAUCAUUUUAAGCAAACAUGACAUAUG